AUGAACUUUAACUCCAGUGGCCACCGUAGCAGUCCUGCUCACAAAGAAAAUAUUCCACUUUCAUCAAAACCGGAUGGUAUUCAGCGCUACAGGACCAAACAGCGGACAGUUCUUGGUGUCUUGUCAGAUAAUGAGCAACGUGGUCGACCCCUCAGCCAGGGAAGUCACAUUUCCAAAUGCAGUUCAAUCUCCGACAACUCGCAGCUGAACUUUCUUAGCCUUCCAUCCAGCUCUGGCUAUGAUCUGUAUGUUGAAGAGGCUUGUGAAGUCGUCCUUGCAGCUUCGGGGGAAGAGCUGGUCUCAGACAGGGAUGACCUGGAUGCUGAAGCCCAUGCUCUGCAGAAUGAACACAUGAGGCUCCUGCUAGAGCUUAGUUCAAGUUCACACCAAGAUUCUUCCAUGCACUCUGAAGCAGAUGAAUCGCUGCUGUGGACGCCCACUCUUUGUGUAGACUAUGCUGAUGACAUUCACCAGAACCUGAGGGAGAGUGAAAAAAGGUUCAGGGCAAAGCAAGGGUACAUAGAGCGACAUCCAGAGAUCACCACCGGUAUGCGGCCCAUCCUGGUGGAUUGGCUUGUUGAAGUUGCCCAGGACUACCAACUCACUUCUGAGACUCUGCACCUUGCUGUCAACUACAUGGACCGUUUUCUGUCCUGCACAACAGAUGUGAGGCGGGGCAAGCUGCAGCUGGUUGGCACAGCCGCAUUAAUGAUUGCCGCAAAAUACGAGGAGAUAUUUGUUCCUAAGCUGAAUGAGUUUGUGUACAUCACAGACAGCACCUACACUCGGAAACAGCUGGUCCAGAUGGAGACUACUUUGCUGAGGGUGCUGUCUUUUAACAUGUCUGCACCCACCAUAUACCAGUUCCUCCGCCUUUUCAUUUCCAUCCACUCCGUGUGUCCAAAAACGGAGAACCUUGCCCUGUAUAUAGCAGAGCAAAGCCUGAUGGAAAUGGAUCCUGUCCUGCAGUACAACCCGUCUAUAGUGGCAGCUGGAUGCUACUGCCUAGCCACCUACACAAUAAAUCAAUCGCUUUGGCCUCACUCUUUAAUUGCCUUUACGGGAUAUACUAUGGGUGAAAUUAUGCCCUGCCUGAGCAAUCUCCACGAACUAUACAUCAACGCAGAGAGCUGCCCUCACAAGGCCAUACGGAACAAGUACAGAAAUUCAAAGUAA